CUUUUUUUUUUUUUUAAAAAAAAACCCAUUGAAACAUUCAACUUGUGCGUUUUACUUGUUGGAUUCAUUCUUACCAACUGGAAUUCGCCAAAGUAAAAUAUCAUGUACACACAACAACAACAACAACUGCCGCUUGAAGCACAUACACAACUUCCUAGUAGCAAUGUACAAGUAAUUGAUGAUGUUUCUGGGCCUUUAUAUCAUCAACGCCAAGUUCCAGAGUAUUAUGUAAAUACCACAACAACUAUGCCUGUCAACAACAGUACUGGAUAUGCUCAUCAUGAAAACCAACCUUUAUUACCAGCAGAACCAACACCAAGUUCAACUGAUAUUUACACUACUCCUUUAAAUAUCAAUCAACUGGCUGAAUUCGUAUCUACAAUGAUCUAUCUUUUAUGGCAUGUUCGACGAUCAUCUGUCAUGGAAUUACAUUCAGCCUCAACUCAAGGUGGUCUUGCUACUCCUAGUGUCGAUCAUGGGGAUACUACUUCUAUUAUGAAUGGUGCUAAUAGUGCUUUCCAAAGGUUUUGUCAUCAGAUUCUUACAGCAACUCAGCUAUCUGAAUCAGUGGUGAUGCUCUCUUUGAAAUACAUUGCCAAAUUAUUACAGACAAAUCCACGUAUUCAAGGUGCAGAAGGAUCGGAAUAUCGUUUAUUUAUCGUGGCAUUGUUAUUAGCGAAUAAAUUUCAAGAUGACAAUACUUAUACAAAUAAAACUUGGUCAGCAAUAUCUGGAAUGAAAGUACAAGAGUUAAAUAUUAUGGAAUUGGAAUUUUUGGAUGUUCUGGAUUUUCGAUUAUUUGUGCAAAAAGAAGAAUUCAGCACUUGGAAAACUGGAUUACUGACAUUUAUGGCUCAACUACAGAAUGCGACAUUGAUGCAGGAACAACACAAUCAGCAACAAAUAAUUGAUUCAACAUUACGCAACAUGGGAUUGAAUUUACCAGCUACACCAGAUCCAACUUGGAAUUCCCCAACAAAUAACAUAUUGGCACAACAACAACAACAGCAAUAUCUUUAUUUACUUAGUACAGCUCAACCUCAGUUUCCAACCCAACCAUUAAAUGCACCGUUGACUCGCGUUCCUCUUCGUAUACCAACUUAUCCUGUGUAUAUGUCAACAUCUACAACGUCCACACCAUGUACAACAACAACAACAGCGGCAGCAAUAUCAUCAUUAUCAUCUUCAUCCAUGGCACCAUCAUUAUCAUCUACACCAUCAUUAGCUUUUCCGGCACCAGUUAGAACUACGAAUCGAACGAUACCAAGAAAUGCAUCAACACCAUCAUUAGCUUCAUUGGCCAAUAGUGGCAAUUCUUAUUAUCAACAGAACAAUUCAACAAUGGCCAGUGCUCAAAUCAAUGAUCAACAUCAUGCAUACCAUCAUCCUCAAAGCUAUCGACCAUAUGAACAGCCAGGCAUUCAUGAUGAUGAUCAGCAGUCUUGGGUGGAUUAUUAUGCUUGGAAAAGUUUGACGGAGGGGAAAAUGGACAACACCAUGAAUAUAGGUCAGCAACUACCAAUAGAACGAAGAUCAUCAAGGGCACGAGCUUAUUCAAACCCUUCUCCGUCUUUUUUCUAUCAACAAAAGUCAAAACCUUAUUCUGAUCAAAAGCAACAACCACAUGAUAUGAUCUAUCAAGGUUAUCAACAACAAUAUCAGCAUACAGAUGCUGAUCCAUCAUAUAGGGACCAUGGUUUUUUUCAUCAACAAACCCAACAGGCAUACCUUCCUCCUUCUCUGUACCAGUGACAUGAUUGUAGUUUGUUUAUAUAUAGUUUGCAUUAUCAAUCAUUUGUACCAUAUUUGUAGUUGUAGAUAUUUAUUUAUUUAUUUUGGUUUGAUUUGUUUAUAAUUUUAUUUCUAAUAAAGUUGAAUAUUGAUAAUCA